CUUCGUAGAUCAGAUCCUUCGACAAUUCAGAACAAGUUUCUGGUUGGGUAUCAAGGAUGGUUCACCUGCCACGGCGAUGGCGAGCCUGUCGGUCCAGGCCACCACGGCUGGCUGCACUGGUUCACGUACCCUGUGCCCGACGGAGGGAAUAUCAAUGUCGAUCUGUGGCCUGAUACAUCGGAGUAUUCCGCGUCCGAGCUAUACCCUGCGCCCGGCUUCACCCACGCCAAUGGAGACCAAGCUUUCAUCUUCUCGUCCCGACACCCGAAGACUGUGCAAAGGCAUUUCCACUGGAUGGCGCAGAACGGAAUCGAUGGCGCGUUUUUGCAACGCUUUGUCGGACAAUGCGACAUGGAGCAAGGCAACGAAGGGAUUCGGAAGAUUAGAGAUGAAGUGGGGGAUCGCGUCAAGGAAUCUGCGGAGAAGGAAGGACGAGUCUUUGCCAUAAUGUAUGACGUUGCCGGUGUCCAGCCCGACAGAGUUCAGAAAAUUAUAGAAGAAGAUUGGAAUCACCUUCUCUAUGAUCAGCGCGUGCUAGAUAGUCCUAAUUAUCUACGAGAGAAUGGGAAACCAGUCAUAGCAAUUUGGGGCUUUGGGUUCGCUGACAGCAACCACACACCUGAACAAUUACGGGCCGUUACGGAUUACUUGCGCAGCACGACGCCAGGAGGUGCCUACAUAAUGGCUGGCACACCUGCGCAUUGGCGGUCGUCUCAGUCCGACGCUGACCGGAACCCUGAGUUUGUGCCGACGUGGAUAGAGUCCUUUGAUGCUAUCUCGCCGUGGACAAUUGGAAGAUAUUCAGAUCAACAAAGUGCGGAUGGUUUUGCGGAAGAUCGCAUCAAAGGAGAUGUGGAGUUCAUCGAGAAUUGGGAGAAGCAAAAGGGGAGGCAUGUGGAUUAUGUGCCAGUCGUGCAUCCAGGUGGAUCGGCACUCAAUAUGUCCCAAGGUAAAUGGGCAUUCAACGGUGCACCGCGGCAAGGAGGUCGGUUCCUGUGGCGGCAGCUCUACAAUGCGCGACGUUACGGGGCUAAAAUUGUGUAUGGGGCGAUGUGGGAUGAGUACGAUGAAGGGACAAAUUUCAUCCCUGUUGUCUCCCAUAAGCGCCAGCUUCCGCAUGAUGAGGAAGGAAGGUUUCGAUUAAUGGCACUUGACGAGGACGGGUAUGACCUUCCGAGUGAUUGGUACAUGCGCAUCGCUGGGAUGGCAGCUGAAGGAUUCAAGGGCCAGAGGGAGAUUGUGGAGGACUUUCCAGAGAAGGAGCUGAGAGACUGGUGGGGCACGAGGCCUAAGUACGAGCUCGGUCAAUCUUCCGGCUCUGGCGUUGCGUCGGGCUCUGGUUCUGGCUUGGGGCAGGAAGCAGGGAAUGGACAAUCGUAUGAGCAAUGGCUGGUAAGCGUCGAGCAGACCAAAGAGGGCGACGAGCUCCCACCUCCGCCGUACAGCAUAGAAGCAGACUCGGGGACGCAGUCGAUUCCUACUGGACGUCCUGCGCCGCCGCUCGCCACUCGACCUGCAGGCCCUCCUGCCUUA